UAUAUGACAUAUACUACUGACAUGACAUUUUAUGAUUUUACUGGUGAUGGUGAAUUGUUGAACUGUUGGUGUUGUAUGAAACGAAUUUGUACCUACAAUUCUGUUUUUUUCUUCCUUUUCCUUUAAUCUGCUACUGCUAGAGACUGCAUUUACCAACAGUCAUUAUUUUACUACGUCACCAACACAUAAUAUUGCAACAAUGGAUAAUUCCAUCAACAAGGGCAGAGUGUCAUUUGACCCUGGAUGGAAUGAUCCACCAAAGAUGUCUUUUAAUAGUCAACAGACGCCUCCGAACAGACCUCGUAACUUUUUAAACAAAAGAGUUUCCUUUCCCUUAUCAGGGAAUAACAUAAGCCCUGCAAGUGUGCCCUCCGUUAACUUGCCACCCAUGCCAUCCGGUGCGCCUACUGCAAUGGUUCCACCAAAUGCAACUCAGAAAAUCACAUCUAGUAACUGUGACAUGAGCAUUAACAGUGAAAGUGUUCUAAUGGAAGUGAAGGCUCUCCUACUAGGGUUAUUAGAAAGCAGCAGUGAGCUGGGAGCCAAGGCAAACGAUAUUAGAAGAAGGUUAGAUGUAAUGGAACAAAUGUGGCAGGAUGGAAAAUUAAAUAUUGAAGUACAAACUCAAAUGAAGGAGCUUGCCCAUGCUUUACGGGAUGAUGAGCCUAGAAAAGCAGAUGACAUACACAAAGCUCUGAUGGUGAAUGAAGUGAGCAAAGUGGGGACUUGGAUGCCAGGAGUAAAACAACUAAUUUACCAUUCCAUAGCUCGGUCCGAGCUGCUUUCUAUAGGCAAAGAGUGACAUCUAUCAGUGCUAUUCUGAGUAAUAAAAAGUGGCAUAGCACUCAUGCGGAUCCAGGGGGGGGGGGGGGGGGGGGUCAUACCUAAGUUGGCCAUACAAAUAGACCACGUGACCCCCCCCCCCCCCUGGGCACGAAGCUGGAUCCGCACUUGAUAGCACUUACUUGCUGUGAAACAAGUCAUGGCUGAGCUAUAAAUUUCCAGAGUUCACUGGCCAGAAGCAACCAAAAUUAAUAGUCUGUUAAUUUUAUUUUAUGAAUUUCUUUUAUAGAUUUAUGUAAGUAUAAUGAAUAUUAAAAUUUGUUUAUUUUUUAAUUGAUAUGCAAUAAAAUAAUUGUUGAAUCAAAAAUGCAUACUUAUUAUUUGU